GAGAAUUCGAAGAUCAACAUCAAAUCAGAAUAAUGCUGUUCACUUUGCCAUUACUUCUGCUGCUUCACAGUGUCAUAGCUUUUUCUACUCCAGAAGUCCAACAUCGCUCUAAACGCUUUCAGCUCCCUGGUCAACAAACCAUUAACCCCGAGGCGUGGUUCUGUGGUGCGAGCAGGUUUCAAUGGAAAAUUUCUCAUGAGGUCAUUUCCCAAACUUGCGAUGAAAAAGCAAUUGAAUUGAACCAUUGCUGUGCUGUUCACGAUUCUUGUUACGAUAAUAUUGCUCAAACCCAAGAAGGAUGUGAUAACAAAUUCUGUAAUUGUCUUCGUAAUGCCAUGACCAGUACAAAGGAUCGCUAUUUUAUGUGUGCCGAUUUUGUAACCGAUGCUGCUUGUUCUCUUGUCAGAAAGUUUGGACAUGAGCAUUAUGGAACAAGAACACCAGAUAACAGAGAGUUGACAGCAUUUCACCCAGCAACAAAUCAAACUGCAAAUCGUGAAUACAAUAGAUUGUAUAAAUCUUGUCUUGGAUUUAGAAAGCCUUUGAUCAGUUGUGCCUAUAGUCAUUUAGUUUGUACUUUGAAAAUGCGUCCAUUGGAUAGAUAUGAUCAAUCAUAUAUUCAAUGUCGGGAGGAUCUUAUCAACUGUCUUGAGGAUACUACUUCAUUUUUGAAAAUGAGAGAAAAUAAAGAGUGUUCGAAUCAACUGGAUAUUGCAUUGUAUGCAAUUAAACAUGAUGCAAAACUAUCUGGACUUCCAUUUUAUUUACAUUACAAAGAAGAUACAACUACCACCUCGACUACUGACACUACGACUACCAUUUCUACCACUAAAAACACCACUGUGACACAGAAACCGAAAACAAAUACCACAAACUCAACUGUCACUAUUGAAGAAACUACACUUGAGGAAAAGACUAUUGCAACUGGAAAUCAUACGGAAAUGGACGAAUUCGGUGUGUACAUUGAGUCCGAAAAUUAAACUACUUGAAAUUGAACUGAACUCUUGAAUAAUGACAUCUUUUAUAAAUUCGGAGCACUGU